AUGUGGAUUCUCAUCGCAACCUUUUCUUCUCUCUUCCUCUGCUCAAACACAGAAGAGUUGUCCCUUGCAGAGGGGACUCCUUGUUCAAAGUAUCAAGUGGCUUUCAACCAUUCAUGCUAUGAGAUUGUGAGGCUCCAGCGCUCUUUCGCGAACGCCCAGAGCUGGUGCGAGAGAGGAGGGGGCCAUCUGGUCUUUAUUGAAAAUGAAGAAACUCAAAAGUUCUUGGAGGACCAGAUCACAGAGGAUAAGGAAUGGUGGAUCGGGAUAACCUACAGUUCCUCUUUGAACGAAACGACGGAAGGUACCAUAGUGUGGCUGGACACCUCCAACAUCACUUACAGCAAGUGGCAUCAAGACCCGCCCUUGGUCCUCCCUUCUGCAUGCGGCUAUAUCUUGAAGAACUCUGGCUAUGAGUGGAGCAUCACAGAAAACUGCAGCCAAGAGUUUGACUUCAUCUGUGAAUUUGAGUCAGGCCAUAGUAUGGCUUGUGACAACUUUAAUGCCACAGUACAAUGUGGAUCAGGAGACGUGAUUCAAGUUGGGGACAGUUUCUACGGACGAAAAACUCCCCACUACUGCGUACUGGAGACUCCCCUGCAGUUUGAUGUGGAAGAAGAAUGUAGCUGGAUCAGCAUAAAGGAUGAAGUUGCAGGGCAAUGUCAUGGGCUCCAAGCUUGUCAAGUAGCAGCUGAUGGGACCUUUUUUGGAGAUCCUUGUCCAGGUUUGGGAAGCUACCUGUCUAUUCAGUACCACUGCAUGGAAGGCUUGCAACUGGCGGUGGCAGAGAGCAGCUUCGUCUUCGAGAAUAUCACCAUCUCAUUUAAAUGGCUUCUUACACCUUACUCUGGCAACCUCUCAUGCAUCAUUAGCACCGGAGAUGGAAACACAAUUGAUCCUUACUACCCGCCAACUUCAUUUAGCAACGUGACCUACAACUACGAUUCUCCAGGUGAAUUCACCAUCUUUGUGGAAUGCACCACCAGUGAAUGGCAUGUGACAGCCCAAACGCUUAUAACCAUCCAGGAUAAAAUGGACGAACUUAUUGUCAUUGGCUGUUUCAGUGCUUUCGAAGCUGGGAACAGCUCUUGUUGCAGAACUCUUUAUGAAGAAACAUUAUGGAUCCAAGUGACACUUAAUGGAGGUAGUGGGGUGACUUACUCCAUAGUAGCAGAUAACAAAACACUGAUGGAGUCCAGUGUCAAAGCAGGAACCAUUCCUCACAACCUGACCUUGGAUGUCACAUCUCAACAGUUGCUUGGUCCCGGGGUACAUCACCUCAAAAUCUUUGCCUCCAGCAACACCACCGAAGCAGAAAUUUCAGAAGGCCUCACCAUUCAUUUAGUUGAACCAGUCACCGGUCUUCAAGCAAUGCUAAGCUCCAACUCUAUGAAAUUAGGAGAAGAUCUGGAGAUAACGGUCUCUGCACCUCAUGGGCAACCUGAAAAGCUGAGGUUUGAGGUGAUUGGAUCAAAUGAAACCUUUUCUCACUUGAAGGAUGGUCCUGAAGGAGAAAACAAAACCUACAAGAUUCCAGUGAAAUCUGAAGGUGUCUUCGUAGUCAAGCUGCUUGCUAUGAAUGCCUUCUCGAAUAUGAGCAUCGACGUAGGCACGGUCACCGUCUCGUCCAACAGCUCUGAACCUUUUGAGGACAAAGUGGAAACCGACAUCAAUGGCAAAAUGAGAACUGACAGCAACUGGAAAAAGCGAAUGUACAUUAAGCCCAGCCGUCAUGCUGGUAUCUUUGCCACAGUUAUUCUUGGCUGGCCUGAAGACGACAACACCUCUCUUUACUCAUGGUCUUGUGGACACUGCUGGCCUGAGUGGACGGAAUGCGUUCAACAGCGAUCCAUCCUCGUUGACCAAAGAGAAAUACAGAUCCCACCCGCCUGCUUGCCUCCUCCCAGUUCUGCAGUAACUGUGAAACUUACAGUUCAGACCCCAGGGAAAGAAACCAAGAAGGAUGAGCAAUGCCUUUACUUGACAGCAAAACAAGAGCUGAGCCUCCAAAUCAGCUGCAAUACGAACUGCAAGCCAGUAAAUAUUUCUGAAGAUGUCAUGCUUAGAGUCUCUGCAGGGACAGACUCAAAAGAUACUCUCUACACAUGGUACUUAGACAAUACGUUCCUCAGAAAGCCCAGUCCGCUUCCACCAGGAUGUAACUUGAAUGGCUUCCGGCAGAGCAACCUGACCUUGCUUCAGAGCAAUUCGACAGUGUUGGUGUUGAACAGCUCCUUUCUGCAAACACAAGGAGAAGCCUUCAGAAUUAAAGCUACAGCAACAAGUGAACACAAAUAUGGUGAAGCAACUUAUAUUCUGAGCACUGUGCCUCCCCCUGCAGUUCCAGUAUGUGCUGUAUCCCCUAAGCAAGGAUCAGUGCUAACUCUCUUCUCCAUCUCCUGCCACCCUCCCUGCCUGGAGGACCAGUGUGGUCCAUUGGACACCUCCCCACUGACAUACUGUUUCUACCUGGAGCCAAAUUCUCUCUUGCACUGUGGUCAAGACCCUCACCUAACUUCAGUUUACCUCCCACUCGGAGAAGAGGACAAUAACUUCCUUUUACAUAUAAUCAUUGCUGUGAGUAACAGCUAUGGGGACAACGUCCACACGAAGGCCACAGUCAGGGUUCAAUAUGAAGAUAUUCACACUGGGAACCAGACCCUCCAGGCCAUUUUAUCAGAAAAAUCAAGCACUAUCCUGAAAGGAGAGAACAACAGCAUGUCCCUGUUCCAGCUGUACAAGUCAGUAUCGUCGGUCCUCAAUCAAGAGACGAAGGAAGAGAGUGUCAAUUCAUCUCUGCGGACAGAUACACGGAAAGAGCUGAGAGAGUUAAUGUUGACCACUCUAUCAGCUGUCAACGUAACAUCCAUGCAGACAGCUCUCAAGAUGUCCGAGGUGCUCAAAGAAAUCACAUAUAGGAGCGAAGAGCUUUCGUCCUCUGCUCAGGUAGAAGCUGGUAAUACUCUGAAGGAUGUGAGUGAAUCCUUGCUGAUUGUCACCCCUGAAGAUGGAGAGGACGACCAGAAGCGCAAGGAUGCUGCCUCCUACCUGUUCAACGCAGUGAACAAUGUUCUCGAAGCUACUGUGCAGAAUGGGACAGAGGAGGCUUCUGUCCCAGAGUCUAAACAGAGCUUGGUGUCCCAGCAACUACUGACCACUGUGGACAACCUCCAGAGUGCCCUCCUCAUCGGGAAACUGCCUGAUGAUGAACCCACAGUGCUAACAGCGCCCUCUGUGGCCAUGUACAUCAACAGGUUGCAGACAGAUGAUGUGGACAGCACAUCCAUUAAUAUCGCCAACUCUAGCACAGCUAGCUUCACCCUACCUUCCGCCUCUUCUCUCAGCAUCUCAGGAGCCAGUGAUGAGACAGUGGAUAUCCGGAUGGUGAGCUUCUCUGUGAAUCCCUUUUCCUCAACUGACAGCUUUGAUAUUCAUGGAACUGUGGGAGGUCUCACUCUCACCAGCCUAGAUGGGUUGGUCAUUCCAGUUAGGAACCUUACAGAAGAUAUUGAGAUACUGCUGCCAAGGAGUCUGGACAUUCAAGAAGACCUAAGCAUGUUGAAUCUGGGAAACUUCAGUGCUCUCCAAGUCAAUGUGACCUCAGCAAAUACAUCUCUAGUAAUUCAUCUGGAGCUGGACCAAGAUGUUCCACUAAUCUUGUACCUGGGAUAUGGCUAUCAACCCAAUGAGUCUGAGCAUGAUUUCAUAGCACAUGUUGCUUUUGACAGAAACGCUAGAGAUAUGGUAUAUUCUUGGAUUCUUCAUCCGGAAGACCUCAUUUUUGGAGAAGGAACUUAUUAUUUCAUAGUGAGAGCAGAAACAGAACUUGGGCCGGUAGACCUCAGUGACAUAAACCUCUCCAUCACUUGCUUUGUAUCCCAGUGUGUAUUCUGGGAUGAGCAGCAAGGAAAUUGGAAUAGCUACGGAUGCCAUGUUGGCCCCAAAACCACCCCCAGCCGCACCCAGUGUCUCUGUAACCACCUGACAUUCUUUGGGAGCUCUUUCUUCAUUAUGCCCAACACAGUUGACAUCAGCAAAACUGUGGAGUUGUUUGCCACGUUCGUGGACAAUCCCGUAGUCGUGACGACUGUAGGCUGCAUCUUCCUUGUGUACCUGCUGGUUCUGAUCUGGGCUAGAAGAAAAGACAUCCAAGAUAAUGCCAAAGUGAAAAUAACGGUGCUGGCGGACAAUGAUCCCUUUGCUCAGUAUCGGUAUCUGGUGACUGUUUUUACGGGACACCGUCGAGGGGCAGCUACAACCGCCCAGACCUCCAAAGGCUUCCAAGAUGGACAUAUCUGGUAUUCCAUCUUCAGCCGCUCUCCUCGCAGCAGCUUCACCCGAGCCCAGCGGGUGUCCUGCUGCUUCUCGCUCCUUCUGUGCACCAUGUUGACCAGCAUCAUGUUCUGGGGGGUGCCGAAGGAUCCGGCAGACCAGAAAAUGGAUUUAGGUAAGAUAGAGUUCACGUGGCAAGAGGUGAUGAUUGGCUUCGAGAGCUCCCUCCUCAUGUUCCCCAUCAACCUGCUCAUCGUGCAGAUCUUCAGAAACAUCCGUCCUCGGCCUAACAGAGAGAAGAAGCCAGGGAAAAGUGGGCGAGUAUCCCCCAGUCUAUCUCCUCCUCCCCAUCAGGCUGCCCAGAGCAUGUCACUUACUCCUGAAGCUGUGAUCAAGGACAUCAGGCGAAUUGCCAACUCCCUCUUCAAGACCCUCGGAGCUCCCUUCCCUUCCUUGGAGCCUGAUUUGGGGAAAUCUACCGACAUCAACAAGCUUUUGGCCUUAGUGGAAGACAUUAUCUGUCAGCAGAACAGAAUUGGACAGGAAUUUUAUGACGAGAGCAAGAAGAAAGAUGACCCAAUUAUCAUUACUCUCGGCUUGGUGGAUUUACAAGAAAAGACCAGGAGCCCAACGCCAGAGAGAGGGAUGGGUGAAAGGCUGAAACACCGAGACUACAACCGUUGCCUCUACAUGCAGCUGCAGAACGUGGAGAUGGAACUGCAACUCCUGGGGGCUCACCGAUUCCAGAACCCAAAAAGCUAUUCCCAGGCUGUUCGCCAGGUUCAGCAUAUGAAGGACUUCCUGGAAAGUCAACUCUGCCCUGCAGCAUCCACCAGUGAGAGGGGCUCACCUACUCCCAGCCUUCUGGGAGAGGAUAAGAAGGAGCCAGCACCCAAAGGCCUGCCUUGGUGGUGUGUGUUCAUUGGCUGGUUCCUGGUUGCCAUCACUAGUGGUGUAUCUGGAUUCUUCACGAUGCUUUAUGGGCUCCAUUAUGGCAAGGAGAAUUCCAUCAAAUGGCUGAUCUCCACAGCCAUCUCUUUCUUUGAAAGCCUUUUCAUUACACAACCACUGAAGGUACUAGGAUUUGCUGCUUUCUUUGCUCUGGUUCUGAAAAAAAUGGAACAGGAAGAUGAGGAGAAUACAGCCAUUGAUGCACCUCUCUCUGCCCCAGGUGACUCAAACCCUCUCUUCGGAGCCCGCAGAGACAGCGGAAGCAACAUCUACCAGCCUCCCCCUCUGACCGACAUUGAGAAGAUGAAGAGCAACCGCCUGAAGGAGCAGAAAGCAUUUGCCCUGAUUCGUGGAAUAUUUGCCUAUUUGGGUUUCUUGUGGAUGUUGUUGUUGGUUGCCUAUGGCCAGCGUGAUCCUAACUCCUAUUACCUCAACAAACAUAUUGAGAGUAGCUUCACUGAUGGCUUCCAAGAUAUUUUCAGCUAUCAGGAUUUCUUCAAGUGGGCCAGGACAACAUUAGUCAGCAGUUUAUACGGCCCAUAUCAAGGCUUCAUCACAGAUGGCAACUCCAAGCUGGUGGGAAGUGCUCGGAUUCGUCAAGUGAGGGUGAAGGGCCACACCUGCCCCAUAGACCCUCAGCUGCGGCUGACCGUUCAAGAAUGCCACGCCUCUUAUUCUUUUGAUGCGGAAGACGCAUCAGACUACGGGGAACGCUGGAACAUCUCUUCCACAGCGAAUUCUUCGGAGUUGAGUUCUGCCUGGCAAUAUCAGAGCCAAUCCAAACUGAGAGGGCAUCCAAUCUGGGGGAAACUGGCAGUCUACAGAGGUGGAGGAUAUGUGGUUCACCUGGGGACUGACUCCCAUAAUGCUUCCAGAAUUCUCCAGUACCUCUUCGACAACAUCUGGCUGGACACUUUUACGAGAGCUGUGUUUGUCGAGUUCACUGUCUACAAUGCCAAUGUGAACCUGUUCUGCAUCGUAAGCCUCAUGUUUGAAACCAAUGCAUUAGGAGCCUUCUUCACACGGGCGGAGCUGCAGAGCAUCCGGCUUUAUACGUACACAGAUGGUCUUCAUAUCUUUGUGGUAGCAGCGGAAGUGAUUUAUUUCCUGUUUGUCAUCUACUACAUGGUGGUCCAGGGAAAGCUCAUGCGAGCUCUGAAAUGGAACUACUUCCGCAGCAAGUGGAACCUGCUGGAACUGGCCAUCAUCUGCAUCAGCUGGAGCGCACUGAUAGUAUUUACACGACGGACUAUCCUGGGUUUACGGGACAUCAGCUACUACCAGGAGCAUAAGGAUGAGUUCGUGAGCUUCAAUCAAACAGCAACCGUAGAUGCAGUUCUGGGCUACCUGAUUGCUUUCUUGGUGCUUCUCUCCACGGUGAAGCUGUGGCACCUCUUGAGGCUGAAUCCCAAACUGAACAUGAUCACCUCCACCCUACAGAGGGCCUGGGGGGACAUCUCAGGAUUUGCCACUGUGAUUAUCAUCAUGUUCCUCGCCUACUCCAUAGCUACAAACUUGAUCUAUGGCUGGAAGCUGAAUUCAUACAAAACCCUCUUUGAUUCAGCAGAGACCAUGGUCAGCCUUCAGUUAGGAAUCUUCAACUAUGAAGAGGUCCUGGAUUACAAUCCCAUUUUGGGUUCCUUCUUAAUUGGCUCGUGCAUCAUUUUCAUGACCUUUGUGGUGCUGAAUCUGUUCAUUUCAGUGAUCCUUGUCGCUUUCAGUGAGGAGCAAAAGCAUUACCAGGCUUCAGAUGAGGAAGAGAUUGUUGAUCUGAUUGUGAUGAAAAUCUGCAGCUUCCUUGGAAUUAAAUGCAAAACUGAUCCUAAAUCAGCCUGUGACAAGCUGCUAGAAGAACCUGCAACCAACUAAUAGCCUCCAUUUAACACUGCUUUUGGUUUGUGUUUCGUGUUGCAGCUGCCUUUUGGAUAUUGUAGUUUGUGACUGCGAACUGUUAGGGCAGAAUAUAGAACUAUGUUCACAGAUGAAGCCUCAGCUUAAUCUUUAAUAUUUGCCCUAUGAUUGUGGCCUUAUUGAUAGAUUCAAGAAUGAGUGCUAAAUCGAAUCAUUAAAUUGCUACUAGCUUGACUGUGUAUAGUGCUGUAGUCUGUCAUUAUUCCAAAGUGUAAAAUAAAUGUUGCAGAGUCUUCUGGCUUAAUGACAGCAUCAUGACUAGUUCAGAAUGUAAUUAUCCUUGCAAGAUAAUUUAUUGAGAAAUACUGCAUGUUAUGGAAAAACUAAGACAGAAUAAUUUCGUUGGGCAAAUGAAUUAAUAUCAAUAAAUGCAAUUUUAAAUGUUAC